AUGCCCCAGUUUAUGGACGAAACUACUUACAACCUGCAACCCGUACCUAUCAUUCCUAACAACAAGCUUUCCCCCAAGCAUAAUUUGCUCAAGGUCCAACAUCUUAACCUAAGCAUUCCUACAAUGGAACACGUAGAGAUAAAGCUUAAACAUUUGGCAUAUGGACAGAGAAUUGAAGAAGCUAAACGCAUAACAAGAGGGGGAGGUUCAACUGCUUUAUUUCAUUGCCCUGAUUUUGGAAGGGAUUGGAACUUGAUGGAGGGCGUGGCAAGCAUUAAUGAUGCCGCCAAUGGUGAAAAUGGGUUGCUGGCAAUGUUUGGCGAUAAUGAAUUUGGUGGCGAUGAAAGCCGUGGCGGCGGCGGCAGCGGAAGCGGCGGUGGUAGUAGUGGUGGGGGUGGUGGCAUUGUGGAGGAGGUGCUGAAGAAGGGUCCUUGGACAGCUGCAGAAGAUGCUGUUCUCAUGGAAUAUGUGACAAAACAUGGUGAAGGGAAUUGGAAUGCUGUGCAGAGGAACACAGGGUUGAAUAGGUGUGGGAAGAGUUGUAGGCUUAGGUGGGCUAACCAUUUGAGGCCCAAUUUGAAGAAGGGUGCAUUCUCUCCUGAGGAAGAGAAGCUCAUUGUUGAACUUCAUUCACAGCUUGGCAACAAAUGGGCCAGAAUGGCUGCUCUGUUGCCUGGGAGAACAGACAAUGAGAUCAAGAACUAUUGGAACACACGGAUCAAACGUCGCCAAAGGCAAGGUCUCCCUCUCUAUUCAGAUGAGCAAGAUCACCAUCGACCCACAGCAUCAACCUCUUCCCCAUGCCUCACACAAACAGGAUCAAACCCUGUUAACAAUCUCACAAACUUUGAGUUCUUCAAUCAAAACCACCAACACCAACACCAAAACCAAAACCAAUACCAACAACAACAACAACCUCUAUCUCCAACUGCACCUCAUCAUUCCCCUCUCAGUUCCCCUCUCCAACACAGACAACCCUUCACCUCUUCUUCACAUCAUACUUUCUUAGACCAUUCACCCCUUCCACUCUCCUCCUCUUCACCCUCCCCUCUCUCUUUCACCUUCCAAAGACCAGCACCAAUGCUAUGCACCCCUUUUCGCUUCAAACGCUACCGUGCCUCUCCAAGCUACAACUCCCUCCCUGACCCUCCUGUCACCGCCCAAUUCCCACAUCUUGAUGGAUUCAGGUUCCCAGUUUCUUCAGGUUUCUCUCAGUUUUUUCAACCCUCUUUGUUAGAAUCCGACCGAGGGGUUUCUUCUUCCUCAUCCUCACCUUUCCAACCCAAGUUGGAGCUCCCUUCAAACCAGUUCUAUAAACCACCCCAAGAGCAAGACAUUAAGCUUGACAUUGACUUCAAUGAUCCUUCUUUUCAAACUAGUAGUGGCUUGCUGGGGGAUCUUCUCUUGGAGGCUCAGGCUUUGGCUUCGGGCCAUAACUCAAAGAAACGAGGUUACUUGAGUUUGAAUGAGGGAAAUGAUGUGUUUGAUGCAUGCCAAGGCUUUGAGGACUUUCCAUCUAGCUCUCUUUACUGGCCUUCUUCUGCUUCAGCACCAAAACCAAAGGAAGAGGCACCUGACUUCAGCAAAUUCACGAAUGAGGACUUGUCAUCAUUGCUUACAGUGAUUCCAUCUUCCAACUUACAGAGUCAUGAGUGGCUCAAUAAUGGUGUCCCAGAAGGGUCCAAUGUCCAAUCCUCUGGUAGUGGCAUGACAGAUGACAAUUUUGGACUUGAUAUGAAGCCGAUAGCUUCAUUGUUUCCUCUCACCAACACCACAAACCAAAAUGAAAACCAAGGGUGCUACCCUUGGGACAAUUUGCCUGGUCUCUGCUAA